AUGCAGCAGACGUUCUUGCCUUCGGGCCGGGUGAAGUGGUUUCCCAAGUGCGAGUGGCUGGGCGAUGGGUUGUUCCGGUCUUUGCUUACGGGCAAGGAGUAUGGUGUCGGCAGCCAGACGAAAGUGGUGGAGACAAAUUAUGUCAAGGUUGAGGUGCCGGCAAUGCGCCCACCACCCUACGCCGUCGCCACUGGCGUAGACCUCGUGGCUCCGAAUGAUCUUGCCAACACCACGACCCACCACGCACACUACACCAUCUGCGGCGCUGGCAAGACGGGAAUUGAUUCUUGUCUCUGGCUGCUCAACAAUGGUGUCGAUCCCGACAACAUCACCUGGAUCAUGCCCCGUGAUCCGAUGUAUCUCGAUCGCUCGAGCCUGCAGCCGGGAGAGCAGUUUGCUGAGCGAGUUCGCGAGAGGAUCAAGCGACAGAGCAAGGCCAUUAUGCUGGCUUCUUCGAUGAACGACUGCAUUCAAAGAUUGAAAGAGUGCGGGCAGUUAAUUCAGCUUGACGAGGACAUAACACCGAUGACAUUUCAUGCGGCGAUUGUCACGACGGCGGAGCUGGAGCAAUUCCACCAGAUCAAGGAUGUCGUCCGCAAAGGUCGCAUCGUAAGUAUAUCGGCUGACAAGGUCGAGAUGACGAAAGAAUCUUACGUGCCGGUCAGUGAUACGCUCUACGUCGACUGCACCGCCACUGCUUUGUUGCGGGUUCCGCCAGUGUCUGUCUUCCAAGGCAACAAGAUUGUGCUGCAGACAGUCCGGUUCUGCCAGCCCGUCUUCAGCGCUGCCUUGAUCGGCUUCAUCGAAAAAGUCCACGACGAUGACACGACCAAGAACGAGCUCUGCCGGCCAGUCAGGUAUCCGGAUGUGCCAAAGGACUAUCCCCUUCUUCAGUUGCAGACACAUCUCAACACCAUCCGCUGGAGCAAGGACGAGAAGUUGGUAGAGUGA